AUGGGAAUCCUGGUUUGUUUAGGAACUGAUUUUUUGUGGAAAUUUGACGGGGUGCAUAGGCGUUGAAACAUAUUUUGCGUAAACCGCUGACACAAACCGAUAUUACACAGUAAAUCAGGGAACAGCGAAACGUAGGGAUACCACUCUAAUUCGGGUACUUUUCAAAUUGGAAACUCGUACUGGAGAUAUAAUAACCAUAAGAUACCCCUCUCAUUGAGAGUUUCUCUUUAUUUCCACAGGUAAUGGUUGAGCACAUUUUAUUCCCAGAUUUCUAACCUUUUUCUUUCAUUGUCUCUAGUGUUGUUGUUUUAGGUCGGCCGUAAAGCAAAGCAAAGCAAAGCCAUCGUUCUUUCGUGAUUGUUGACUUUCAACAGAUUCUUAUCCAUCAUUUAUCUGAAUAACUAAAUUACUCUUAAAUUGAAGCUUAUGUCAUUUCCGGUUCAUGAUGUAUUGGGGUAUCAAUGUACCUUUAAUCGAACUGUUAUUAGCAUUGAACAUUUCAGCUACGAUCUUUCAUAAAAUAUAUUCUGGUAAAAAAAAAAGUGUAGUCGUACGGCCUCAACCUUAAUAAAUUUAAAAAAGUUUGGUUUGGAAAAUCUCCUCAGGUUUAAUGUAUUCUCGAUGUGUACGCACCAUCACUGUUCCACCAUUACUGAUCCACCAUCACUGUUCCACCAUUACUGUUCCACCAUCACUGUUCAACCAUCACUGUUCCACCAUUACUGUUCCACCAUUACUGUUCCACAAUCACUGUUCCACCAUUACUGUUCCACUAUCACUGUUCCACCAACACUGUUCCAACAUCACUGUUCCACCAUCACUGUUCCACCAUCACUGUUCCACCAUCACUGUUCCACCAUCACUGUUCCACCAUCACUGUUCCACCAUCACUGUUCCACCAUCACUGUUCCACCAUCACUGUUCCACCAUUACUGUUCCACCAUCACUGUUCCACCAUUACUGUUCCACUAUCACUGUUCCACCAUCACUCUUCCACCAUUAGUGUUCCACCAUUACUAUUCCACCAUC